GCAAACGCUAUACUUUAUUGCACAUCUGGCAACUACGCUAGCCUACAAAAUAAAUACAUUUUUAUUACGUUUCAUUUUCAAGUUUAAAACCUGCUGCAGAGCAUUUUGUAAUUAUAAUAAAGAUUUGUAAAAAAAUAAUUAAAUGUGACAAAGACUAAAUAGAGACGAUAAAGUGACUAUAACUAACCUGACUUUUUACACAUAGAUAAACAAUGCAAUAUUUUCAAUAUUUAGCAUAUUUACAGUGAUUAACAAUUAUUAUACACAACAUACAAGCAUUGUGUUUAUUAUGGUGUCUUAUCCAGUACAAAACCUAAGUGAAUUUCUAAAGAACAAGCCUCCGGUGGUGAUAUUUUUGAUUUGUUUAGUAGCUUUAGCAGUUUCCACUUUUUAUUUUACUUUCCAAAUGGAAACCGAUGGUUCCAUAGUGAAUAGCGAUAAGCAACAUGACUGGCUUGAAAUGAUCAAACAAUUCAAUAAAUUGGAUAUUUGUAUUAAUACUGGCACAUGGACCAAUGAAAUUCAGACCUUGGAGGAAAAUGAACAAAUUACCGAUGAAAUAUCGGUAUUCACUCAAGCCAGUAUUGCAGACAGCAAUAUAAUACAGUCCUGGUCUCAAGUUGACGGUUUUCUAACAAUGCAAGGCUGGUUGCCCAUAUCUUGCCAAGAUGCCGCAACGCCAAUAAAAAAUGUAGAAAUACAGUUCGAUGUUCCAUCACUACCCACAACACGAAACACUUCGGCUGUAGACAUUUGUGUUACAAUUAGAGGACCAGCAGGGUAUUUACCGUAUUUUAGCAAACCUUUAUGCACACCCGAGAAAUCGACGGAAUCAUCUAAACGACCAAAAGGCUUCUUAACUUCUAAGCUAUCUAAAGUUUAUGAUCCCCAGUUUUGCAACAAGGGAGAUGUGACUAACAUGGUAUUUCAGCCAACAAAAUCCAGGGUAGAUAAUUACCUAAGUGAUGAUGUCAAAACACAAAUUUAUGUUCAUUUAGUAUGGUGCAGCUACUUUCUUGUAUUUGUUAUUUUCAGCAUCAUACUAUAUGCAAUAUUGAAAAAAUCAGAAUACUGGAAAGAAAAGGAGCAAAGUGCAAGACUUCUCUAGGACUAAUAUACUGAUUGAUCGAGAUAUGUGAUUAUGUUUUUAAUUUUAUGACAUGCUAUCCAUUAGUCAUCACACUUUUUUAAACGUAUUAAAUGCAUUUUAAAAUA